AUGGCCGCCGCUGACGAGACCUGCCCACGCGCGCGCGCGCUGCUGCUGCUGCCCGGCGCCGCCAGCCCGACGUUCGCCGCCCUGCAUGCCGCCUACCACGCUCCGCUGGCCGCCGUGCUGGCCGCCUGCGCCGCGCGCGCCGCCUCGGGACUCGACCUCGCCGUCGCCGUGUCCGGCCUGGCCGCACCUGAUAAUGACCAUGACCAUGAGCACGAUCACGACCACAAUAACUACACUGAUGACGCCGCCCGGCGCCGCUGCCAGGCCUUUGAUCACCUGCAGGACAUGCUGGCGCAGCUGUACCGACUGUUAGCAACGGCAGGCGCCAGCGCGGGCGUGGCGCUGGAUGGACCUGGGGCGGUUGACACACGGGUACUGUUCGUCGACACCGCCGCGCGCGCACACCAGCUCGGCCCCGUUUUGCGCCUGGCCGACCUGGCCACCGCCGCCGUGGUGUACACGCUCGACACGCCGGCCGGCGCGGCGCUGCUGGCGGCCUUCCAGCGCAGCAGCAGCAACAACGACAAGAUCAACAAUAUGAACAUCCCCGUGGAGAAGCUGGUUUGCGCGGCCAACACCCCUCUGCCCGGCGCGGCCGUGGCGCUGUCGCGCGCGCACACCACGCCGCACUACUCGGUGGCCGUGGGCGGCACGUUCGACCACCUGCACACGGGCCACAAGCUGCUGCUGACGGCGACGCUGCUGGCGCUGGACCCGGCCGUCACCACGGGCCCGCGCCGCGUCGUGACCAUCGGCAUCACCGGCGACGCGAUGCUGGCGAACAAGAAGUUCCGCGAGUUCCUGGAGCCGUGGGAGGCGCGGCGGCGCGGCGUGUGCGCGUUUCUGCAGGCGAUCGUCGAGCCUGCAGCCUCGUCGGCGUGGGCUGUCACAGAAGAAUGUACCGACGGGACUGUGGUGGCGGUGGUGGUGGUGGGUGCAGGCGGGGCGCUGGAGCUGCGGUUCGUGGCGCUGGCGGACGCGCUGGGCCCGCCGGCCACGGACGCGCGCAUCACGGCGCUGGUGGUGUCGGGUGAGACGCGGGCCGGCGGGCAGGCGGUCAACGCGGCGCGCGCGGCGGCGGGGUUGGCGGCGCUGGAGGCCUUCGAGGUGGCCGUGCUGGACGCGCCGGGCAGUGGCAGCAACGGUGGGAAGACGGGCGCGGGCGACGGCAGCCCUGACGGCCCGUUCGCGGGCAAGAUCAGCAGCACCGAGCUGCGCCGGCGCCAGGCCGCCAGCCUAUAG